AUGGCGGCACAGCUGAUUGAUGGCAAGGCCAUUGCCGAGCAGAUCCGGCAGGAGCUGAAGGCGGAGGUGGACGUGCUGAAGCAGAAGUACGGCAAGGCUCCCGGCCUGGCGGUGGUGCUGGUGGGCGAGCGCAAGGACUCGCAGACGUAUGUGCGGAACAAGAAGAAGGCGUGCGACGAGGUGGGCAUCGUCUCCUUUGGCACCGACCUGCCCGAGACCGCCUCCGAGGAGGAGGUGCUGCAGGUGGUGGCCGCCUACAACGCCGACCCCGCCGUGCACGGCAUCCUGGUGCAGCUGCCGCUGCCGCGCGGCAUCGACGAGCAGCGCGUGCUGGAUGCCAUCUCGAUUGAGAAGGAUGUGGACGGCUUCCACCCGCUCAACAUCGGCCGCCUGGCCAUGCGCGGCCGCGACCCGCUGUUUGUGCCCUGCACCCCCAAGGGCUGCCUGGAGCUGCUCAAGCGCAGCGGCGUGCAGCUGAGCGGCAAGAAGGCGGCGGUGGUGGGGCGCAGCAACAUCGUGGGCAUGCCCGCGGCGCUGCUGCUGCAGCGCGAGGACGCCACCGUCACCGUCAUCCACUCCCGCACCCCCGACGCGCAGCGCAUCUGCGCGGAGGCAGACAUCAUCAUCGCCGCCUGUGGCAAGGCGGAGAUGGUGGGCGGCGACUGGAUCAAGCCGGGGGCAGCCGUCAUCGACGUCGGCAUCAAUGCCGUGGAUGACCCCAAUGCCAAGCGCGGCUACCGCCUGGUGGGAGACGUCAACUUUGCAGAGGCGGCGGAGAAGGCAGCCAAAAUCACCCCGGUGCCGGGCGGAGUGGGCCCGAUGACCAUUGCAAUGCUCCUCCGAAACUGCGUUGAUGGGGCGGCGCGUUCCUUUGAGGCGGAGGUCAGCGCGUGA